UUUGGGGAUUUUCCUUUAAAAUAGUUCUAUAAAUGCAGCCGCUGCUGCGCCUUCCUCUUCAACACUGACGAUAACCUGCACGGUUUGGGAGAGCGCAACAUUUUAAGGAUGGACAACAAGGCGUACCUGGUCCAGAUGAAGAGCAGCGGAGUCCAGGGCCCGGCCAGAAGCGUCAGCGCCAAGGCGCUGCUGGGGAACGGCGUCCACGGCGGCCGGGGGCCGACCAAGACCAAGAGCCGCCGGCAGCGGUGGGAGGUGAAGGCGUCAGCCAUGGCCGAGAACACGCUGAACCCCAUCAGGGCCAUCGUGGACGGCAUGAAGCUCACCCCCAACCCAGAGAAGCCCAUGAUCUCCCUCUCCAUAGGAGAUCCCACCGUGUUUGGCAACCUGCCCACAGACGGCAGCGUCCUGCAGGCCAUGAAGGACGCCAUCGACUGCCAGCAGUACAACGGCUACGCUCCCUCAGUGGGUUACCUGAAGAGCCGGCAGGCGGUGGCCAACUUUUACAGCCGCCCUGAGGCUCCGCUGCAGGCCGAGGAUGUGAUUCUGACCAGCGGCUGCAGUCAGGCCAUCGAGCUGGCCAUCAGCGUCCUCUGCAACCCAGGGGACAACAUCCUGGUGCCCCGGCCGGGCUUCUCCUUGUAUAAAACCCUGGCGGUGUCCAUGGGCAUCGAGGUCAAGCUCUACAACCUGCUGCCUGAGAAGUCCUGGGAGAUGGACCUGCAGCACAUGGAGAGCCUCAUUGAUGAGAGGACUUCCUGUCUGAUCGUCACCAACCCGUCCAACCCGUGUGGUUCUGUGUUCAGCAAGGACCACCUGCAGAAGGUCCUCAGAGUGGCCUCCAAAAACUGCGUCCCCAUCCUGGCUGAUGAGAUCUACAGCGACAUGGUUUUCCCAGGAUGCAGCUCUCCCUCCCUGGCGUCGCUCAGCAGCGACGUUCCGGUUCUGUCCUGCGGCGGGCUGGCGAAGCGCUGGCUGGUACCGGGCUGGAGGAUGGGAUGGAUCCUCAUCCACGACAGGAAUGAUAUCUUUGGACCUGAGAUUCGCCGGGGGCUGGUGAAGCUGAGCCAGAGAAUCCUGGGAGCCUGCACCAUCGUCCAGGGGGCGCUAGAGAGCAUCCUGAACGACACGCCUCAGAGCUUCUACAGCAACACCAUCAGCUUCCUCAAGUCAAACUCAGAGAUCUGCUUCAAGGAGCUGUCCAGCGUCCCGGGCCUGAACCCCGUCAUGCCCUCAGGAGCCAUGUACCUGAUGGUUGGCAUUGAAAUGGACCACUUUCCAGACUUUAAAAACGACGUGGACUUCACAGAACGUCUGGUGACGGAGCAGUCCGUGUUCUGCCUGCCUGCUUCGGCGUUCGAGUAUCCCAACUUCUUCCGCAUCGUGGUGACGGUACCGGAGGAGCUGAUGGUGGAGGCCUGCUCCCGGAUCAGGGGGUUCUGCCAGCGCUACUACAGACCCCCCAGCUGCGACGGCAAUGAUCUGGACCAGUGAUCCGGCGGUUCUGAACCGCUCGUCCACUCAGGACGGAUCCAUACUGGUGGUGGCGUCCUGAGGAGACCUUAUAUUUAUAUUUUAUACAGCCAGCAUUUAUUAUCCUCUUUAUUUAAAUGCUUUCAGCGUCUGAAGGUAUCAGGUACAAAGUGGGCGUGGCCCGGCUGCUGUUUGUCCUCCCGUCCGUCUUCAGAACCGGCUUUAAGGGCAAAAUGGGCUUCAGAUCUGCUUCAUCAGAACCGUCCCUAUAUAUGGUCCUAUGUUGUGUCCAGUUAAUGAAACUAUAUUCUCUGUGUAUCAUAAAGUCAGUUUUAAUGUUGUUGUCUAAUAAAACUCUGACAUGACUGGA